AUGGUUUAUCUAAAUAGGAUUUUAUUCUCUACCAGAGAUAUUAAAAUUCCUCGUAAAUAUUUACGAACAAAGUUUUUAGAUACUGUUAGACUAUUUGUUAAGGGUGGAACAGGAGGUACAGGUUUACCAAAAUUUGGGGGUUUAGGAGGUCAAGGCGGUUGUGUUUACUGUGUAGGUGUAGAGGACUCAAAUUUGAAGAAGAUUGCAAGUAAUCAUAGAGGGAAGACGGUUUGUGCAGGGCACGGAGAGGAUAGUCGUAAGGCUAGGAUAGUAGGCUCUCCAGGAACCGACAUUAAAUUAGAAGUGCCUUUAGGAGUUACGAUAUAUAGAGAAGAUGGGAAGGUCUUAGGUUCAAUUGAUAAAGACGGAGAUACAGUUAUUGUAGCACGUGGUGGGCCAGGAGGAGCACCAGACAAUAAUUUUCUUGGACAUUUUGGCCAAGCUCAUCAUAUUCGAUUAGAUUUGAAACUUAUUGCUGACAUUGGUCUUGUUGGCUUUCCAAAUGCUGGCAAGAGUUCACUUUUAAAAGCUAUAUCCAGAGCUAAACCAAGAAUAGCUAACUAUCCAUUUACUACUUUAAAGCCCAAUAAAGGUAUAAUUCAAUUUGAAGAUUUUAGACAGAUUUCUAUUGCAGACCUACCAGGACUUAUCGAAGGGGCACAUAGUAACAAAGGAUUAGGUCACAAGUUCCUUAGACAUGUCGAAAGAACUAAACUCUUACUGUUUAUAGCUGAUGUGAAUGGGUUUCAGUUAAGUCCACAAUUUGAAAAAAGAACCUGCUUAGAAACAGUUUUGUUGUUGAAUAAAGAAUUAGAAUUAUAUAAUCCAGAGCUAUUGGAAAAACCUGCAAUUUUAGCUAUAAACAAAAUGGAUUUGGAAGGAGCUGACACAGUGUUAAAUAAAGUUAAGGAAUCCUAUAGAAAUAUAAACAAAUUUAUUCAUAAUACGAGGAUACCGGAAGAACUAGUUCCAAAUAAAAUUAUAUCUUUUGAAGAUAUUAUAGGCAUAUCUGCUUUAAAAAGUGAAAGAAUAGAAGAUCUUAAAUUAUUAUUAAGAAAAAGACUAGAUGAUUAUAGUGAAGAGACAAAUCCUGACAUAAUAGAUGCAAGCAAAUUGUAUAACAUUAGUAAAGCUACAGUUACAGAGAGAGGUCCCAAAGUAACUUAA